CCUAGCCCAACCUAACCCUAUCCCUGUUCCGAACCCUAACUCUAACCCUAUUCCUGUUCCUAACCCUAGCCCAACCCUAACCCUAACCCUGUUCCUAAACCUAACACUCUACCAUGGCGUCAGCCUCAUUGCUGCUUGCAUUCAUUCUUCUGGCUCACUCGUUACAUGCUGAUUCUUCACCGACCAUGUCAUCGUUGUCUGAGGCGGAGCUCCAACCUCAGGAAUCGCUGUCAGGCUCCAUCUGUCCAUCAUGCUCUUUGGAUCAGGUGAGGAGGAACUCGUCGACGGCGGGUCAGGCUGAUAUGGUGGAGGCGGUGAAGCGGCACAUCCUCAACAUGCUGCAACUGAGCGCCAGGCCCAACCUGACACAACCAGUCCCUCGAGCGGCACUACUUAAUGCCAUCAGAAAGCUGCACGUUGGCCAAGUGGCUGAAGAUGGCAGCGUGGAGAUACAAGGGGAGGGGCGGAGUCUUGAUGAAGCCACACCUCCAGAACCUCCCUCUGAAAUCAUCACUUUUGCAGAGCCAGGGGACUCUCCAUCUGUGGUGACCUUUGACAUUUCAAAGGAAGGCAGUGGUUCAGCAGUGGUUGAACAGGCCAAUGUGUGGAUCUUCCUGAAGGUGGCGAAGGGAAACCGAGCCAAAGGCCGCGUGAAACUGCGGCUACUGUGUCGUCAUGGUGACGGGCGGGUGGAUGAGACAGAAGAGGAGCCUGUUUCAGAGAAGAUGGCCGACACUCGGCGCAGCGGCUGGCACACACUGCCCGUUUCACGCAGUAUCCAGGAACUGCUGGACCGCAGACAGAGCACACUCAGUCUGCACCUGUCCUGCCCACUGUGCAGUGAUGCUGGAGCCACGCCCACUCUGGGAUCUGAGCGGGAGCAGUCCCACCGACCCUUCCUCAUGGUGGUGCUUCGGACUCAGGAGGACACGGGGCCACGGCGUGUCCGUCGAGGCCUGGAGUGUGAUGGAAAACUCAGAAUGUGCUGCAAGCGGCAGUUUUAUGUUAACUUCAAAGACAUCGGAUGGAACGACUGGAUCAUUGCUCCGUCCGGUUACCACGCCAACUACUGCGAGGGUGACUGUCCAAACCACGCGGCAAGCGUGAGCGGCUCGUCACUGUCUUUCCAUUCCGCCGUCAUCAACCAUUACCGACUGCGAGGCUUCGGGCCUUUCCAGAACACCAAGUCAUGCUGUGUACCAACGCGCCUGCGCGCCAUGUCGAUGCUGUACUACAACGAGGAGCAGAAGAUCAUCAAGAAGGACAUCCAGAACAUGAUUGUAGAGGAGUGUGGCUGCUCCUAAACUCACUUAUAGCAGAAACGUUUAACAAAAAAACUAUAAAAGUGGAACCAGAAGGACAUCUAAGACAAACAUAGAGGAGUGUGGCUGCACGUAAGGAAAAAAACAAAACAAACAAAAAAAAACAUUCACAAGAAAAGAUGAGUUUUAUGGCCAGAUUCACCAGCAGUGAAAACUCUCCUUUGGAGUCCAAACAACGGUGGGAAUUAAAAACCUGAAGACCUGCAGAGAUGCAGUAACUCUAACCCUAACCCAGGGAAGGAAUGGACACACUUCUUCUGGGGACUUGUUGCUUAUAUCUCUGUAGAAGUUUCUCUUUCUUUGGAAAUAGUAGAUUUCAAAUGAUUGACACAAUGUGAUUUACAAAGGUUUGCAGUUGUCAGUUUGUUGCCAAUUGGGCCAUUAUAUAAUAAAUAAAAAAUACAUUUCUUAA